CUUUCUCUGGAGUGCUUCCGUCAUGCUCUCUGAGUGCUUCAUCGCGUCGACGGCGGCGUCGGGGAAGACUCCGGCGUCUGCCAGUCUGAGAGAUGUGGGAAUCUGCCUGCACGAGUUUCAGCCCACGCUUAAUCUGCGCUCCACCUUCAAGAAGAGCUCGACGGCGGCCAAUUGCCUGGCCGUGAGCCCGUCGCAUGUGUUCGCCGCACAGUCCGAGAAGGCCAUUGUUCAUGUAUAUAGCAGGGAGAAGGGCAACCAAGAGGCUACCGUCCCCUUUCCGGAGCGCAUCCGCAGUAUCGCAGUAGCAGGAGGCAAGAAUGGUGAUGUCUUGGUUCUGGGUACAGAAGGAGGCCGUCUUAUUCUGUGGGAGACUUGCACUGGUCGUCAAAUAGCCACCACGGCAUCUCACCUGCGGCCAGUGACUUCCCUGGUAGUUGACCCUACCUCCAACUUCAUCCUCUCCGGCUCCUCCGAUGCGAGCAUCCACGUCUGGUCCCUCGUUGACCUCCUCUCUUUCACGAAACCUCCGUCUGGCCGAGAUCGCCAGCCCCCGAAUUCCCCUAUCCGCACCUUCUCGAACCACCGCGCCGCCAUCACCUCGAUCGCCGUGGGCCACAGCGCCGGCCGAUACAAUAUCGCCGUUUCCAUCGCGGAAGACAGCACCGCGAUCGCAUGGGAUUAUCGCACCGGUCGUCUUCUGCGCACGUUCCUCUUGUCGGCGAACGCGACAUGCCUGACCCUCGACCCGGUUGACCGGGCGUUCUACGUCGGCUACGGCGACGGCAGCAUCCAAUCUGUCGACUUUUAUAAGAGCCAGUCCAUCCAGCACCCUCUCCACGACCCCUCUCUGCACUCGACCCCCGUGCAACCCUCCGCAGACGACCGAUGGGCGCCUCCGUCUCCCGACAGCGGCGCCGCGCACACGCUCACCCUCUCAUACGACGGAAUGACCCUACUAUCCGGCCACCAGAACGGAAAGGUUCUGUCAUGGAACGUGGGAAGGAAGAAGUACGCGUCGACGGUGGCCGACUACACGCACCCGGUCACCAACCUCCUCAUGCUCCCGCCCAAUGGCCUCUCCCACCCGUCCUUCGACCUCACCCGGAUGUCCCACACCAUCGUCAAGCCCCGCUACGACCACACCCUCUCGGAAUCCUCCCAGCCGCUGGGUACCGUGCCUGCAGACUACACCUUCAGCACGCAUCUCCUUCCCACCGUCUCCCGCCCGUCCUCCCGCCCCAACCAGUUCACCGAAGCCUUCACGCACGCCUACUUCCCCGAAUCGAUGCUGGAGGAGGGUCUCGCGGAACUCGCCGCCUUCGACCAGGGCAAUACCAACACCAACGUCCCCUCCCACGCGAUGAGCACCGGAAUCUCCGAUGAAGAAGCCUUCGCCAAGGACGCGCAGAUCGCGCAGCUCGAAAAUGACCUGAGUCUGCUCAAAAAGAAGGCCUCGAUCAACGCAACUGCCCGACAGACCACGACGGACGAGGUGACCAAGCUGCGCGCCGACAUCGCCAACCUGCACGACUACAUCACCGAGCUUCACGGCAAACAGGAACAGGCGCAGCACGAGAAGAUCCUCCGGCAGGCGCGCAAGGAAGAGCGCGAGACCCGGCGCCGCGAGGCCUGGUUCGCGGCGGAGAAGAAGGGCAAGAAGGGCGAUGCGGUGCUGAAGAAGCUGGAUGCAGAGGACACGGUCAUGACGAGUGACACCGAUGAUCAGAGCAGUGACGAGCAAUGA